AUGCUGGGAGAUCCAGCUCGGUGCAACCAGAAGCUCAGAUACACCCAUUACCAAGACAGGGAGAAUAUGACUCAGAAUUGCAGAGCAUUAAAGCAACACCUGGAAGACUUGGUAGCUGUUGGGCACCUCCGAGACUACAUUGAUCAGGACAAAGCGGUGACCGAACAAGGGAACCUUCUACCCGAACCGAACAUCGAGUAUCCGUCUUGGUUGGUAAUAGACAUAAUUCAUGGUACAACCAGCCACGAGCGUGAAGAGGCACUUCAAGAAGAAAUUACAAAAGUUGUGCAGAUUCAGCAAGUCAUGUCAGUAGGGCCCGUGCCGAAAAAGGUACGAACAGUACCUAAGCCCCCCUUAUGCACUGUUUCAUUUACUAGGAAGGAUUUAGACGGCAUUCAGUACCCACAUAGUGAUGCAUUGAUUAUGACUGUGGGAGUUGGGAAAUGA